AUGCGACAGGGAAACACCCUGCAGCAACUGUAUACGGUGGUCAGUGGCGUGUACGUACCCAUCGCCAGUGAGGACAUGCAGUCGACCGUCAAAAAAGCAGUUGACAGAGACAGAACCAAAGUCACAGGGGGGUUUGGUGCGUAUCCCCAGUCCAACAUCGUGGGACCUGGACAUAUCAAUCCGGAUAUGCAAGCCACCGGUGAUUUUAUCCCCGUCAUUGUCCCGAGCGCGAACCUGUUGGUGGGUCUUCGUCGAAAGGGUGGACCCGGUCGUGAAAGUAUUGCAUCGCACUAG